AUGAACGAAAUUUCCUUUUAUCCUGUGCAAAUGACUUCACCUGCUGUGCCGACACUUAAGAACCUUUAUACGCAUCGUACCGCAACAACAGAACGGCAAUGCUUUAUAUGCAAUCAAUUUACGAAUGCGGUUUUAACAACAGAUAAUGGCGAUCGUGGGUUCGCAACGGUAGUUCCAGAACCAGAAAAAAAACUGCCAACCCCACCGCCGAAAUCAACCGAAAAAAAAGAACCCACAAAAAAAGAAAAAAAUGUAGACAAGACUGCUGAAGACGAAAAAAAUAAGGAUUUGACAGAGUCCAAAAAAGAGAAGGAUGAAGAGAAUAAAGACGAAAAAGAUAAAGAUGAAAAGAGUAAAGACAAAAAGGAGAAAGAUGAAAAGAGUAAAGACAAAAAAGAGACGAACAAGGAAUCACCAGCACCCAUCCCAUCACCACCUAAGCCAAAACAGUAUAUCUUACAUAGAGAUAUAUUUUAUUUACGAGAAUCCAAUUUUAACAAAAAACGACGAGAAAAAAAAGUACAAAGCUUGUUAGAACAACUUCCUAGUGUUCCAAAAAAACCUUUACAAUAA